AAAUCUGAAAAAGAGCGCGAGAGCAGAAAUCUGUCGGUCAUGGAGUUUGCGAGAGCAGCAGGGAAGGCAAGGAAACCUCAAUCAGCUCCCCAGGAGAAGAACAUCCAAGUAGUUGUCCGAUGUCGGCCUCGAAACUACAACGAGAAAAAGAGCGGGUCCCAGAGCGUGGUGCAGUGCAACUCGAGGAAGGGAGAGCUGCAGGUGAAGCAGGAAGUGGGGGACAAGACCACCACCAAGACCUUCACCUUUGACAAAGUCUAUGGACCGGACUCCAGACAGAUCGACGUCUAUCGUGGCGUGGUCGAGCCCCUCAUCGAGGAGGUUCUCAUGGGAUACAACUGUACUGUGUUUGCAUACGGGCAAACUGGCACUGGAAAGACGUUCACAAUGGAGGGAGAAAGGAGUGCUGAUGGUUCACUAUCCUGGGAAGAGGACCCACUUGCUGGCGUGAUUCCACGGUCAUUGCACGAACUCUUUCAGAAAAUUGAAGCACAGCAUGUGUCGGAGUUCUCCAUCCGAGUCUCGUUCCUGGAACUGUACAACGAGGAGCUGUUUGACCUGCUCUCUCAGGUGGACGAGACCGGGACAAAACUCAGGAUCUUUGAAGACUCUGCCAGGAAGGGCUCGGUGGUGAUCCAUGGUCUUGAUGAGAUCCAGGUCCACUCCAAAGACGAGGUGUACUCCAUCCUGGAGCUGGGUCGGGCCAGGAGACAGACGGCUGCAACCCUCCUCAACGCCCAGUCCUCCCGCUCCCACUCCGUCUUCUCCGUCACCGUCCACAUCAAGGAGAACUCCAUCGAGGGAGAGGAACUGCUCAAGACUGGAAAACUCAACCUUGUGGAUCGGUGCGUGGGAGUGAGAACAUCAGUCGGUCGGGGGAGCAGUGGACAAGAGGGCAAGAGAGGCCGGGCAGAUCAACCAGAGCUUGCUGACUCUCGGUCGAGUCAUCACUUCCCUCGUGGAGAGAGCUCCCCAUGUCCCCUAUCGCAAGUUGACGAGGAUCCGCAGGGACUCGCUGGAGGACGGACCAAGACCUCCAUCAUUGCCACGGUCAGCCCCGCCGUGUGCAACAUCGAGGAGACCCUCUCCACGCUGGACUAUGCCCACCGGGCCAGAACAUCACCAACAGACCUGAGAUCAACCAGAGACUCACCAAAGAAAGCACUCAUCAAUGAGUGGUGGAGGGUGCCAUUGGAGAUGGGGACGAGACUCCACUCAAAGCUGGACUAUGACGACUAUAGUCGCGAAAACCAACACUGUCGCAGCCCGAACUUGCAAUCUACAAUCGAGGCGGAGAGUUGUGAGGAGAUGCGAGCAGAGUCUACAGGAAUUCAGUCAGCACUCAGACCCAGUUCUGCCAGAACAUGUCACAGAGAAGAGUUGCAGUCCCACGUGACACUGGUCUCUCAGUUUGUCUGUGAGCAGAACACGAAGAUCACAGAACUGAGUGCACGCAGCGCAGCAAGAGAACUCCCAUCAGCAAGCACAGAUGAGCGUCCAUCAGGAGUCAUAUCAGCUACGGUGAAAGCAGAAGAGUGUCCUCUCAGAGGUGAACUGAGGAUGCAGAGAGCAGCCCAGAGUCAGCACACUCACACCGACUGCUUCAACAAAGGAGUUGUCAGGUCUGGCCAAUGGGCGAGUGGUCGUGGCAGACAGCACAGAGACCAUGACCUCCACGACAUCAUCUGCUCUGGACUCCUUACUCCUCUCAGCAAGAGGAGCGAGGGAGAGCAGGAAGGCUCUCUCUACACAGGACCAGAGAGGCCUCUGGAGAGCGGCACUGCCACAUUCAACAGGGAUAAAAACAAAGAGUCGUACGUGACGACAUUGCAGGAUAUUGGUGCCACUUCCAUGGCUCUGCUGCUACCCACCAGCAGCAGACUGAGACUGACAUGGACGGGCUCAUGUGCGAAGGUGGUGGAGUCUGUCUCCAGUUUCCAGUCCUCCCUGGUCUCUCUGGCGAGAGACGGUGCGUGCGAGUGUUCAGCACUCCCAGUGGACGAGGACACCGCCACCCUCUCCUCGGCCGGCUCUGACGUUUUACCGACUCUCAGAACACCAGUGUGGCAUGCGCCCCAGAGACGUCUCACGCUAUGUCUCUCAGGAGAUGGCUGUACGGACACCACAGAGGAAGGGACUUUUGUGUAUCCACGUGACCUGGCUCGGACUAGACCUGACCCUGAGCUCUCAGAGACUUCACCCCCACAGUCUCCUCACUCCCCUCCUGAGAGUGUAUGCGAGGAGGAGGAAGAGAGGAAGUAUGACGGAGUGGUGUGA